AGCCCGUGUUUCUUUGCCGUUAGCUCGACGCUGGCGGUGCUGCUGCUGCUGAGCCUCAGCUGAGUGUGUGUGUGUGUGAGCGUGUGUAUGUGUGAGUGUGAGCGUGUGUCUUGAUGGUGGACUGUUCCCGGUGAAAAACACCGAAGCCCGGCCGCGUGAAAAAUGCCUCAUAGCCGCGCGUAAACGGUCGAAGCUCGCGGAGGGGAGAGAGAGAGUCAGGUGUCCGGCCGGGUCGAGAGGAAAAUAUGAGCAGGAUGUUGCAAGUUUUAGCGUGUGGCGCCGUAGUUUUCCCCGGUCUCUUCUUCGCCUUCAGGAGGGUCCUGCCGUGUGUCUUCAAACAUUGGAGCGAUGCCGACGUGGUGCUGGUCAGCGAGAGACUGGUGUCCUCCAUCCAUGCUGCCAUGGCAACCACAGCAGGAGCCAUUGUCGUGUCUUCAUGCUGCGGCAGCGUCAUUAACGACAGGCACUGGCUGGCCACCUACUUUGUCAUCUGGUACGGUGUUCCCUACAUGACGUACGACAUCUUUGCCAUGUACCUCAGUCACUACUACCGCUACCACGUCAAAGGGCACGAGGACUACAAGCAGCAUUCACUGAGGACCAUAAACUCCUUUGUCCGCAGGGAGUUCCUGCUGGUCCUACAUCACAUUGCCCUGCUCACCAUCCUGCUGCCUGUCACACUGUUCUUCAGAAAGGACCAGGGGGAUUUCUUCAUCGGCUGCUUGUUUGUAACAGAGCUCAGCACACCCUUCGUGUCCCUGGGGAAGAUACUUAUUCAGCUCGGCCUCCAGGACUGUUGGCUGCACAAGGUCAAUGGCGGUAUGGUCCUAUUCACCUUCUUCAUGUGCCGCAUCGCCCUCUUCCCCUUCAUGUACUGGAUGUACGGCCGCCACUACGGCAUCCCUCUCUACAGCGUGCCCUUCCACCUGCCGCUGUCCGCCAACCUGGGCAACGCGUGCAUCCUGGCGCCGCAGGUCUACUGGUUUGUCCUACUCUGCCGAAAGGGCUAUCGUCUUUACCAGCGCAGCCGCAGCCCGGCCUCAUCUCCUGUGGUGGCCGCCGUCACUGACAGUUCAAAGGACGAUUGAUAUACGGACCACAACCGUUCGCUCUAGCCGCACACUCAGCUACUAACGCAACUCAGCCCAACCAUUGUACUGUAGUACACCAGGACUGCCUGCUCUUGUUCCACAACUCCUGGGCAUUUUCUGCACACUUCAGCUCCUCUGCCUACGUGGACCUCUCCGCCUCCGAUCUAACUCUACUACUGAAGUUUAGUGAUUUUAACUUUUUGGGAUUUGACCCUAGCCUGGAUCUCGUUGAAGUGCUUCACCGUGUCUGUCUACAUUUACUGGGGGAAAAAAAAAAGGUCAUGUUCACCUCACUGCGAGUGAAAUGUGGGAGCAAAGACACCUGAAACUAAAGAAAAGAUAUUAUCCUGUCUCUUACUCCAACUGUUUACAGCUGCUGAUUGGGAUGGUCUGUUACAGUGGGUGUUAGUGGGUGUUAUGACUGGUUUUGGAGAGUAACGUGUCAGAUAGUUGGAUUUCCUUUCAAAGCUUUUUAUUUGUGACACUGAUGGGAAGGAUUGGGACCUGUGGUGGGUGGGAUGCAAAUUCAGGCAGUGUUAGCAGAGAGAGGAUGUAAGCUUCACCUUGACCACAUUUGAGAUCUGAAAGCAGCUACACGUUACCCGGUCAAUGUGAUAGCCUCUGACUUUUCACCUGUUGAUUGGUUUCUCAUAUAGAACGGCAUUACCUACUCUCUCACCUUCAUCACAGUGUUUCCACUCUUCAUUUUCAGGUUUUGAGUUCAUCAGUGUUUGUAGGGAACCUUUUUUUUAUUUUUCUCAGAUUUCUGAGGAAAAUAAAGACCAAUGUUGCUUUCGAGGUCUGAAUAAUAAUUACAGUGUGACACCAUGAUUGGAUAAGAAAUAGCCCUCCAUUACAAUUUUUAAUUUUUUUUUUAAACAACAUAAUAAUAAUAUUGUAAGGUCUUGUCCUGAGAUUAUUUUUCCUCAAACUGGCACUAAAUGCAUGCCACGAGUGAGAAGCUCCUCAGCAGAUAAAAAUCAUACCUGGUGUAAAUUAAGGUCGAGCUCUUCUUCAAGGUCACCUUCUCAUGCAGUUAUUCCUAAAUCGCCCCCUUUAAGUCCUGUUCUGACCACUUCUACUUGUUCCUCAUGUGUGCUGGAUCUUCUCCAGUGGGUCAAAACUGUGACCAAAUUAAAUUUUGGAGAAAAGCAGAAAGUUGAUGUAGCAAAAAAAAUCAAACAUUACGCCAAUGCAAACGUACCAAACAAACCAGACAACAAAGGUGAAAAGUAUCAGGGGGAGACAGGAAGUAAAACUAACAAGACACAAAAGACAACAGACCUUCAAAGUAAAACAGGAAAUAACCCCAAAAGAGGUUAACAAGAACUUAAAAAAAAAAAAAACUUGGACGCUAAAACUUCACUAGUGGGUGACAUUACAGUGGAUGUGUUAAUCUUUUAUGCUGUCUUUAAAGGAACUGUGGCUCCUGUUUAUGGGGUUCAGACACUUGGUUUUGGACUCUGCAGUCUUUCAGUGGAAAUCGUUGUGUUUGUAGCUUUAGGCCCCGCUCUCAUCACGAGUCAUGACCCAAAAGUUGGGUCGGUUUGAAAGAAAACCUGAUGUUUGCUCCCUGUGGACAUUUGAGAUUCAGGGACAUGUGCAAGUGGCCAGAACAGGACUGACAGUGAGUGAUGUUUUUUUUUGUUUGUUUUUUUUUUUAAAUGUGCCCUAAAUGAGGUGCACUGUCAGGUGAGAUCAGCCAACUUCAUAUCAAGUCUGAUAUUAUAUAUUUCUAUUUUUUUGGACUUUAUCUUUUCUGUCGGUGGAGUCACAGAAGUCCAUGAUCACAUCAUCUCAGAGUUCUGUUUUUGAGUUCCUGCUGUGUCAGUGAGUGUUGUUUUUAUAUGCGAGGGGGUUUUUUUGGACACUGCAGCAUUGCAGCUGCCAAUGCUGACAGCCCGAGCUGAUGUAGUGCAUCUUGGGAUGGGAUUCGUGGUUACAAGCUGUGGUUGAAAAUCAGUCCGAUCUGACCGCAGAGGGGUGAUAUGGGAGGUGCAGUGAGGCCUGAUGAGAGUUUGAGGUCAGAUGGCUCGCAGCUGAACUCAGGGCCGAGGUCAGAGGUGAACAGUGUGGCUCACCGGGGCAAACUCACCACAAAUGAUCAGGCAGAUACUUCCUAUUUUUUCUCUGAAGCGCCAGAGAUUUAUAUGCAUUUGUAUAUCAGGGGCUGCAUUGAGCAUUCAUCACAUAAGAUUUUUUUUUUUUUUAGAUUUACAUCAGGGUUUAGUUACAUUAAAUAUUACCUAUAUAUAUAUUGACUAGAGUAGAGAGGACCUUUUUAUUGGGUAAAAUGAAGAAUGAAUUUUAAAAAAAAAUGCUGCGGGAUAAGUUUUAAUAUACAAUCAAGACCCUGGAAUAAAUUCAGCAUAUUAUGCAUUUUAUGCAUGUUUCCUAAAGAAUUCAGUCUAUGCAAAACAAAUGAUGGUGCAUGUAUACUAAACGGACAUCAGGUCAUAUCAAACUCACGUGCUCUUGAGACCCUGCUCUACAUUUCAGUCUUAUAUCGAGUCUUAGUUGUUUUUUAAUGUUUUAAUUAAUUAUUAAUCUGUUGCAUAUUGAUUAUUAGUUUGUUAUAGUGCACAUGGACAUGUUGCAGUGAUUUUAAGGCAUGCAGCAAACAGCCUUGUAUUAGUCCAUAAUUUUUGCAUCUUUAGUUUCAAAUUCCCCUUUUUUUUAAUGACACAUUUUAUAAAUGACAAAAAUAAUGUAACAGUAGUACAAGUAGACCAGUUUUAUCUGAAGUUUUGCCCGUUGUCAUCUAGAUUAUGGGAUGGGAUCAAAGUGAUUGUUCAUAUUAGAUACACAAUUUAAUACUUAGUAAUGACAGUGCAUGUAUUUUCCCCUCUGUGAGUCUGAACACCACAACCUGAGUGUGAGGGGGCAAAAAAUGCGCUGAGUGUCGUGAGUGCACGGCCUGUUAGCUGACCAGCAGCAUGAGGAAGAGGCGGAGGAGCGCCGGGUGGCUGAAUGAUGGGCUUGUUUGUCAGGGUUAGCUGGAGUGCAUCAGGGUGCGUUUGUCCACAGAUGAUCAGGCCACUGUUGGUGGAAACACUCCUCGCUCUUUGUGCUGCUUUUCUGCAUCUUUCAGCUGAAUUUCUCCCACUUGCUUUUAGUGAGGUUUGUGAGUCAGACCAAUGCUGGAUUUAUGCAGCCGAAAUUGUCAAAAAAAUGUAAAAACCUCAUAUCAGUUCAUUGGGUGGUACUUUUUUUUUACAUGUAGGGGGGUGUAACGAUUCUCCAAAUCCGAAGUUCAGAUCCAUCCCCAGUUAAGGCAGUGAGUCUGAGCUACCUCAGUAUUUUUAUUACACAUCUAGUGAUUUCUCUUUGGUGAAAGGCAAAACUCUGUUUAUUAGGGAGAGGGUGCAGAUGACAUAUGCAAGUUACAACUAUUUCUCAGUAUGUAUUUGCACACAUGGUGUUUACACUGGUGCAAAAUGGCUAAAGACAGAACCACAGAUUCAGGGUUCCGAACUUUUACAGCUAUCACAUGAAGAAUGCACACGGUUCAUCGAGUCUGCUAGAGUUACACUGUGAGGACUGGCAAUGGAGGGUCAUUGUAGUUGCACACUUUUGCCCGAGCAGCACCCCACACUCAAACCAAACAGAGUAUUUCCAGAAGGGAGAAAUGUCUCAGUGGACUGUUUUCUAAUGUGUGCUACAUGUAAGAAACUUCUUAGAAGGUCUGGACUUGAAUCUCCUUGGUGUCCCGAGGUGACCUCUGAGAUUGAUAGAUAUGAGUGUGGCUCCAGUCUUUGUUUAAAGUCUCCUCUUUCACUGCAGACAUAAUCAGUGGGUUUCACUCUAGUCAGAGUUACUUUCUCACUAUUUCUGCUCUUUUCCUUCAUUUGAACUCAUCUCCAUCUCUUGGUUGUUUUCUGUGCAGCUAGCAGAGCACAAUGAGCCCUCACUGCCUCUCUGCUGCCCUCUGCUGUCAGGAUCAUCCACUGCUUGUCCAUUCUGAAGGCUGUUUGUCUGCUGCAUUGAGAUUUAUACACUGUAUUUCAAGUUUUUGGCCAGUAUGACCCCACCCUCCAUGGAAAAAAAAAAACUGACACAUUUGUUGUCAUCAUCUUGUGUUUGGAGGAGUGGUUGAAGGUGAUGACUGCUAACCAGGAUUAUUGAAACCUAACAUAUUUAACACCUGAUCCCAUUUUCAGCCAGAACUUGUAAAAAAACAAAAAAAUGUGUUUGUUUGUUUUUUGGUUUGUUUGUUUGUGUGUUUUUAGGUGUAACACCCUUAAAGUCGAGCCUGUCUUAAUAGUUUGCAUAAAUGUCAUUUUCUUGACAUUGUCCUAAGAGGACUUUAGUAGAUUUCAAAAUGAUCAGGAACUCGCUUUUUGACCAUUCAGCUGAACAGGAAGUCUAAAGUUAAGUGGCUGCACUAAUAAGACUUAGUCUUAGUUUUGAAAUCAUGGGACAAAUACUUAAAAAUGUAAAAUAUAUAUAUAUAUUUAAACAUUCCAGUAUAUUUCUUUAAAGUUUUCCCCAAUUUCAACACCAGAACUUCUUUAUUAACCAUUUGAAAUUUCUUCCUUGCACCCUUUAUUGACUUUUAUUUUUUCAAACUGAAGCAACCACAUUACUUCCAUUGCUCAAGAGCAUCACUGCCAUAUGACUAAAUCAUGAGUAGUUUAAAUACAUAUCUCUCACUCUCUCUCUUUAGACUCUUAAUAUAGAAGACCUUAAAUUCAUCCUCUUUUUCUCAGGGUUUGAUGAAAUUGUUAGGAUAGUGUGUGUGUGAGUAAUGUAGAGGUUUAUUGUAAGACGAUGAAACUGUGAGACUGAUUCUGAAGAGGAUCACAUCUAGAAGAGAGUGCAGUUUCUUUCUAUGUGAUGUUUUUAAAAGCAUCUGUUUGAUUUUUUUUUCUUGGAUUUAUACCUCCUGACAUGGCUUGUGAUUCUUCAGCUUCUAGGGGUUGGUAAACCAAAGACUGUCAGGCACUUUAGUUAAUCACGGGGACUGUAGUCAGAUUUGUCUUCAGUGCGUUAUAAAACACUGUAAGUGAUUUGUCUUAUAGCUUAAAGUUACCCACUUCUCACUUAAAAACCUAACUACCCUCCAGUCUCCUCUUUGUGUCCGAUAAGCUCACCAACAUUGGGAUGUAUCGGAGAAAAUCCUCUACGCUACCACAUAGCAUUUUGGGGUCAGUUUGUUUUUUGAAGGAAAAGUUCAUUUUUAGCUCCAUGUUUUCUUUAUUCUUGGCCUCUGGCUUUGCUCGAUUCAUAGUUUAAAACAAUCCUUUUGUUCUGUCUGAAAGGAGCUGUUUCUUUUAUACAUCUUCUGAUUGGCUGCCCCUCAUAAAUUUGAACAGCAGGUGGGUGGGGCUUGUGUUUUCAUAUUUAGGAGUAGACAAAGCUGUCUGAAACUGAGUGUACAGAGCAGCUUCAAUGUUUGAAACUCUGGUCAAAUUUAACAUGAGUAUCCACCACUGUAAUGAUAGAAAAUAAGGAAAAGCACAGUUGAUCCCCUUUAACCAUAAAUCAUUAUUGAUGUUUAAUGGAAGGCAGGUUGCUUCCCACCAGGCAACCUGUGCAUCCCCUUGCAAUCAAAGUGGUUGCAUCUGGGCAACCAGUUUCCACUGCAACUAUUUACAAUGUGAAAAAAAUUAAUAAAUUCAGUGCACUGAUUUGGAGACAUAAUGCAAGGCUUUAUCAUUUUAGGGUCCUUGAUCAUUAUAUAAAUUACUUCCAAGAAUCUGUGAGGUGUCUGUUCCUCAGCCUAGAGAUGGAUUUUCUUAUCCUUUUGCUCUACAGCUAUUGUUUCUGUUCUGUUCAAGGCAGCUGUGUUCAGCUUCGCUGUGGUAUGAAAACUGAAUGAAUUGACUUGGUAUUUUACAAACUGGUUUCAGAAGAAAGCUCCUCUUGUUUGGCCAUUUUGAGGCUUUAAACAGAUCUAAAAGAUACUCAACAAUGGUGCUUUUCUUUCAAAAACAAACAUUUUAGAGUGACCCUAAACUUUUUUGCAGCAGUGUGCUGAAUCAUUCUAGCACAGUGGCUGAGAAGUCAUGUUAAAUAAUUACUGAUGUUAUUUGGACACAUUAAUACUGAAAUCAUAUUCAUUUCUUAUAUGUAAGAGUGUUGUUUAACCUUGGAACACCACUGAACACCUGUUCCAAGGUUAAACUGGGCACUUGGACAGUUAAAAUCCAUCUGUGAGCAACACUGGAUAUAUUGGACCAUGCUAAUGCUUACAGAGCCUAAUACUAGCAUAUGCUAAUGCUAGUAUAAGCUAGCUGGCAUAAGAUAAUGCUGGCAAAGUCUAAUGUUAGCAUAAGCCCCUACAAGCUAGUGGUAGCAUUGGUUAAUGCUAGUAUAAGGUUGUGGUAGCAUAGGCUAAUGCUAGCAUAAGCUCAUGCUAGUGUGAUCUAAAGCCAAUAUAGGCUAACACUGUUAUAAACUACUGCUAGCAUAAGCCAACGCUGGUAUAAGCCAAUGCCAGCAUAGUCCUAAAAGUGCUGAAUAAUUGCAGCCUUUUUCCUAAAUAUUAUUGUUGGGGAUAGAAUACUUUAUGCUAAUCAUUUAGCAUACACAGCAGUGCUAUAUAUUGAGUUGCUGUAGACUAUAAGUGAUUGUUAACCCUUAAACAUCUUUUUGCAAGCGGUGUUAAAUUUCCAUGCUAACACUUUAGCCCAAGCUACUAAUCUUUUAUUUAAAGACAAAGCAUUCAGUGACCAAUUUCUGUGUUAUGUUCCUGUUAUUUAAAGGUCAAAUUAACGGAUUUUUUGUGAUGGAAAUGAUGACAGUGGGGUCUCUUCUCGUACUGUGGCACAGGAUGUAGUUUUUGCUGCUUUCUUUAUCUUCACAUACCUUUCAGGUUUGAUCCUUCUCUUUCUGAUGGAGCAGUAGUCGGGCUGGAGGAGGUUUAAAGUAAGAUGUUGGUUUUAAAGUUAGACUGGGCUUUUAAAAUUUUAACUACAAUAUUCAAGUUAUAUUAGAUGAUGUGUGCUUAUUGGGAGUACAUUUAACAUUAGAAAACAAUAUUCUGCUGUUUCCUUUGAUAAGAUGUGAAUAAAAUGCAUUUAACCGUAUAGAUUUUGAACAGGCUGGAAUAUUGACACUGCAAAAAACAAAAAAAGAAAGAAAAACUGUUGCAGGGACUGAUUUUGAUCUGUGGACAGUGAACCAAACUUGGUCUCCAGUGCCUUGUGAAAAAUCUAUUUGUGACAUCCAUAAAAACUCAGUAAAAAGAGCUAAGAUGGCAGGCAGUGUUUACAGGUUGUGGCUGUAUUUGUCAUGUUUAUUGUUUCAUCCUCAUAUCCUCAAAGAAAUUAUAAAUUAAGCCAUUUUGGUCUCAAAAAAAUGUCUCAUGCAAUGAGCAUUUCAGCUGGUUUAAAGUUGACCUGUGAUACUCAUUUCCAAGUCUAUAUUUAUUAUUAAUUUUUUAUUCUUGCCUUGCAUGAUUCAAGGUUCAAAAUUAUUAUUUGUCUUAUAAUGGGGUCUCAAGCAGUUUUACAGCCUGCCCCUGUAAGCCAAUGUUUCCCCUCCUCCCAGGUGGGCGGGGUUUCUUUGCUAACCAUAUUAGGGAUAUCUGCUCCCACUGACAUCAUACAGAGCCAAGAGUAGAAAACACUACUUGAAACCAAAUGUUAAAAGCAGACUUAAGCCUGUUUUAUUAUAUAAUUAUUUGAAACUUUGGUCAUGUUUAAUAUGAGCAUCCACUUUGUAACAGAAAAUAUGGAAGAGCAUAACAGGUUCACGUUAAACUGCUAAAAGUGUGCAUUUAUCAGCAUGCUGGCAAUACACCUUGUUACUUGAUCCUGUUGAAAUUAAGGCAUUUAUGUAAAUUGUUUCUCAUAUUUCACAUUUUUGAGGAUUUCAUGAGUGCUGCAAAUAUUUAAAUAUCUCUCAUAGGCUUGAGUUUGUUUGCAUUGUGUCUGUCGGUUUAGCUGGAUGUGUCUGUUUUGGAGGUUUGGAUUGAAAUCUUAACAUUCUGUCCAUAUCACUUGCCCUUCUUGAUUGACUAAAAUGCAGCACCUUCACAACCUUUAACACUUCCUGCCCCGUAUUAUUUUUGAUAGUGUCCUAAUUUUUCAUACAUAUAUAUCAGGAUUGAUGCAUCUGUCUUUUUUUGUAGUGUGACCUUUUUUUUUUUUUGACGAAAUUUCCCAUCCGAAAAUGAGAUCAAAUGAGGAGUUAUGUACCAUUGCAGCUUGUGAAUUCAGAGGACCCCUUUAAAAUUCAAUAAAUUUGAUUUGAUAGACUG